AUGGUCGGUACUGGAAAGGGUGUCUACACGUACAAGCUCGAUUCGACCGAUGGAUCAUUGACUCCUUUCGGCAUCACACCGGUCGGCGUAAAUCCUGUCUUCGUCCUGGGGUCGACAAAGAAGUUUUCUGAAGGCAAGCCUGUGCUUUACGCAGUGAACGCAGUCACCGACGAAUCCAAGACGAACCCUGGAACUCAAACGGGGUAUGUGUCAGCUCUGACAAUGGGAUCAAACGGCACCCUCGAGCUCCUCAACACCGUCGAGUCACACAGCGGAAAUCCGACGCACAUUUCGUUGAGCCCCAGCGAGGACUUCGCUGUCGUCUCCAAUUAUGAUGGGAGUCUUGCCAUGUUCCCGCUAAAUGGCGACGGCUCACUAGGCAAGGAGAGUUUCCAUCAAGAUUUCCCGACUGGAAGUAAAGUCGUCAUGGACCAACAAGCUAGUGGUCACAUCCACAGUUCCAUGUGGAUCCCCAACUCGAACCAUUUAAUAGCUGCUAACCUCGGAAGUGAUGAACUACUUCAGUACGAGCUCGACACGAAGCAGAAAGCUCUCAAAAACCUGCAUCCGGUCAAACGUCCCCCAGGAUCUGGGCCCCGUCAUAUGACCAUACAUCCUAACGGAAACUUUGCUUACGUUGUUGACGAAAUCUCCAACACCGUUGGUGUGUAUGAUAUCAAUGAUAAGACAGCGCUGUUGCAAAGAAUGGCUGUGCAAAACAUCACGACGCUGCCGUCCGAUUUCACGAACAAGAGCACUGCUGCGGAUAUUCAUUUGUUGAGCGACGGAAAGUUCCUAUAUGCGUCAAACCGUGGACACAACUCGAUCGCCAUGUUUAGUGUUCGCGAGACAGACGGUACCUUGGUUUUGCUGGGCUGGGAAAGCAGCCGUGGCAAAACACCGAAGAGCUUUGCGAUCUACGAGGACUGGAUGGUGGUGGCCAAUCAAGACUCGGACAACAUGCACUUAUUCAAGAUAAAUGCUGACACGGGUUUGCUGACCUACACAGGGAAAUCAUACGCCGUAGGAACACCUGAGCGUGUCUACAUAGGCAACUUUUGA